GCUUAAUUACAUGACUAGCAAUCAACUGGCAAAGUCACAGCUGUCCAACAAAGUAACAGUCACAGCUGUCCAACUGUGCUGAACAAUUGUAAACCGCGCAUUACGGCUAGUGAGUUAUGUUGAAUGUUUUAUGAAUUGCGUUUUUAUUUAACAGACACGUUGCGGCUCGACAAGGUCACUACGCCUGUGUUGUUAUGCUACUCGCCCGAGGUGCGAGGACGGAUGUAGAGAAUUCAGCGGGCGAGUUGCCGGUGGAGGUAUGCUCUGGUCAGUGCCAGACCGCGAUCUCCCUCAACAUGCAGAUGGCGCUCGCAGUCUCCGACAAGCCUGUACGCUGCAGACUUCUAUGCAACGAUAUAUCGAAUGGUCGCGAGCCGUACCCUGUGCCGUGUAUCAACGAGGUGGACGAGACGGGCGCGCCUGACGACUUCACGUACGUGACGCGUCACGUCACGCCCGCGCCCCUACAUCUGGAUACCGCGCUCGCCACCAUGCAGGUACAUUUCUAAAGCUUUAAAAUCACACUAUAA